GCGAUGGUUGAUUUGCAUGAAAGCAAAAGAUCUAGAACACUUUUGAGAAAUGCCACACCUUCUGUUACUCGCAAUGAGUGAACUUCGUAUAAUACAAAACAAAUAGUCAUUAUUCUAGUAUUCAUAUAUUUCUUUUUUAACAUGUUUCUUCAACUUAAAGACUGGUUUGUAUACUGUAUUCAAUUUAUUUGUGAAAUAAUUUUAAUUAUUUUUUAUUGUAGACUCAUGCACGUUUGAUAGAGCUAGAUUUAAAAAAAAAAGUUUUGUAAGCCUAAAUCUGUUCUGUUAUAAAUGCAUUUUGUGAAAUGUAUUUGCCUUUGUAACGGACUUGCAGUGAGAUGACUAAGAGUUUUAUUCUGUACAUUUUUUGUUACAAAUUUUUUAGUCUUUUUUUAACCGGAAAUGGAGUGUUUGGAACACCUCGCCGAUUAUCCCCAGACUGACAAGAGGCGAAAAGUUGCGAUUGGUUUACGAUUAUUUUGCUAAAGCACAUGUGAAGAUUCGAGUGUAGUUCGGGGAAACGACAUCUUUGAAACAUUAUAUUUUUUGUCUGAAGUUCUACAGAAAAAAGUGUAAUGUUGACACCAGCAUUUGAGGUGAGGCAGGACAAAGAUUUCCUUACUGUGAUUAUAAAAGCUCCUUUUGCCAAGGUUGCAGAGACUGAAAUAUUCAUUGAAGAAGAUGAUUUCAAAUUUUAUUCCAAACCUUACUUCCUUAGGUUAGCAUUACCAGGGAAAAUAGUUGAAGAUGGCAGAGAGAAGGCUGAUUAUAAUGCAGACAAUGGAGAAUUUGUCAUUGUGGUACCAAAACAGACUCCAGGCGAGCACUUUGAAGGCCUUGAUAUGCUUACUAAACUGUUGGAAGCUAAAGGAAAGAAGCCGACAUCCUCCUCAUUGAUUGAGGUUAUUGAUGAUGGUGGUUUGGAAGAUAAUGAUGAAGCUGAUAAUGAUGAUGAAUUAGAUGAAGAUUUUGACUGGCGUGUAGAACAAGUACCUUACAAAGAACAACCUACAUUAACAGGAGCUCCAAAAUAUGGCUUUGCUAACCAAAAGUCAGGGGCGUUUUCAAGGCUACAAAACAAUGAGUGUAGCAAUGACGAGAAGAGCGGAUUCAACAGAAAAAAGACAAAUUUGAGAGGGUCAUUACAUGUAAGAGCAGACAUGUAUGAAGAUGUCCUUAUAAAACCUUUACUGGACUUCCAGCCACAUUGGUGUGAAGAAGUUGAUCUUGUUCGAGGUGGAACACCAGUGGAGAUGGCAGUGGAGUUAACAGAGGAUGAAAAAGAGGUUAUGAGAAAACUACCACGAAAAGAAUAUAUUUUGGAUUCUACGGAGGAAACAGGUGUAUACCUUGGACUAGUGGAUAUUCUCUAUGCAUAUUGUUACAACCAUAGAACAACUGAAGGUGAAAAUAAUUGUGAAUCUGGUUGGACCAUUUGUAAAAUCAGCUCAACAUUGUCAUGGUUAGAGGUGUUUACAAGCUUAGAAGAUGUUGUAAGAAGUUGCUUCCGAAGAAGUAUAUGUUACCCAUUGUAUAGACAUUGGAAACUGAACCAAUCAGUAUUGAAGGAUGUUGUUACUAUAUUACAACUAGGUAGGAGAAGCGUGUUAAAGGUAUUACUGGAGAUACGAGGUAUAUUGAUGGAUCAGGAUUGUCGUUAUGUACUCAAUGACCUUUAUAUAACAGAUUACUGUGUGUGGAUUCAGUCAGCCAGUGAGAAAAAGUUGCAGUCAUUAUCAGAAGCUUUAUCGAAGUUGAAAAUCAGCAAAGACGACAUAGGUUUCAACUUACCAGAGCUUGAAAAACUAGCGCAGCAUGCAAUGCUCGGUGAAGAAUCCAGCGAUGUAGAAAACCUGACUGACAGAUUAAGUAGCAUUGAUGUAAAUAAGAAAAAUAAGUUGGAAAGUGAUUCUGAAAGUGAUGAAUCUGACACUGAGAGUGAUAGUGAUGAUAUAGACAGUGAUGAUUUAUCAUCAUCAGAUGAUGCUGGUGAUGACCACCACACUGAAGGUGAUAUAAGAAAGGUAACUGGUGUAUCUGGAAAUGGUAAGAGUGAUAUUGACUGUGAAAACAAAAACAUUAGGGAGACAAUCUGUGCCGAGUCACUAGAAUUUGUAGGAGAUGCAGUUGAUACAGGUAAUAGUAAAGUGACUGAUACACAUUGCAGGAAAGGGAAACCAUUAAUUGAAGAAAUAAGUGAUUCUACUGAAGAUAAAGAAAGUGAACAAGUUAAGUCAUUGAAUUCCGUAGGAAAAAGCGAAUCUACAAUGAUAGUUGAAGCUAGUGCUGAACAGGAGAAAUAG